AUGUCUACAGCACAGGCUGAAGGUAGUCUAGCAAAGAUGACUUCCAAUCAAGCAGAAAACAGUCAAACGUCGACUGGUGAUUCAUAUACACAAGCAAUUAUUAAUAAAGAUCAAAGUGAACAACGAAAAGAAGAUGGUAGUAGUGGAAUCUUUUUAAUCAAUGAUCAAAAGAAUAUGGAGUCUACUGACGAGAAAGACAAAACAAAUAAAAAGUGA